GAUCCGGCAUUGCGAAGAAGGGUUGAAAUCCUUUAUGGAGAUGGUGAAAUUCUAAUCCAAAUUUACCCUCCAUUUCUCCCCUGAACCCAUACUGGGUCCUCGCCAUUUCCGCCAUUCAAUCGAGGUUUGCUCUGUUCUUCCUCUGUACUUUCAGGACAGACUUUCUCUGUAUUGGGUUUUCAGAUGUCAAACGAUAGUGAUGAAGAUUCGUGACCAUGGGUGUAAAUCACAGACUCUUGUUUUGUAUAUAUAGCUCUGUUGCUUUUCUUGCACUGUUGGGGAAUGUGGUUUGGAGCGUGACCGACCCGAAUGACUACAGGAUUCUUGAUGAGUUCCGAAAUGGGUUGGAGAAUCCGGAGCUCCUGAAAUGGCCCGGUCAUGGGAUCGACCCGUGUGGACCUCCAUCUUGGCCUUAUGUGUUCUGUUCUGGGGGGAGAGUCACUCAAAUCCAGGCCAAAGGUUUGGGUCUGAAGGGGACUUUGCCCCAAGACUUCAAUCAGCUCAGUGAGCUUCAGAAUCUUGGCCUCCAGAAGAACCGUUUGAACGGGAGAUUACCCAGUUUUAGUGGAUUGUCUAAUCUGAAGUUUGCCUACUUGGACGAGAAUGAGUUCGAUGCCAUCCCCGUGGAUUUCUUCCACGGGCUUACUAAUGUCCGGGUUCUGGCUUUGGACGAUAACCCCUUGAAUAAGACUGCAGGGUGGUCUAUUCCCAUUGAGCUUCAAGAAUCCACCCAACUGUCUAAUUUUUCAUGUUCAUCUUGCAAUAUUGUUGGGCCAUUGCCUGAUUUUUUUGGAAAGAUGACUUCUCUCUCUGCACUGAAGCUGUCAUAUAACAAGCUUGAAGGUGAGAUACCUGAGAGUUUUCGCGACUCUCAUCUGCAGGUUUUGUGGCUGAAUAAUCAGGACGGCGUGCAGAUGAGUGGUGGGAUAGAGGUUAUAGGAUCCAUGGUUGGGCUUACAUCGCUUUGGCUUCACGGGAACAGAUUUUCUGGGCCCAUCCCGGAUACCAUUGGGGAUCUGACCUCUCUGAAGGACCUCAACCUUAAUGGGAAUAACCUUGUUGGUCUGGUUCCUCAAGAUUUGGCUGAUCUAAGUCUACAGUCAUUGGAUUUGAAUAAUAAUAUGUUGAUGGGUGGUAUCCCAAAGUUUAGAGCUGUUAAUGUCACUUAUUCUUCAAAUUCGUUCUGUCAACAGAUUCCUGGAGAGCAUUGUGCUCCUGAAGUGAAUGUGCUUUUGGCAUUUUUUCGCGAUGUGAACUAUCCACUUCAUCUGGCUGCAGAAUGGACUGGUAAUGAUCCUUGUCAAGGGCCAUGGUUUGGCAUCGGUUGCUCUCCAAAUGGGCAUGUUUCCAUAAUUAACCUCCCGAAGCUUAAUCUUAGUGGCACUCUAAGUCCUUCACUCGCAGCCUUGGGUUCACUUCUUGAAAUUCACUUAGCUGGAAACAAGUUACAUGGUCAAGUCCCAAGAAAUUUAACAAAGUUGGGAUCUUUGAGAUUGUUGGAUAUACGCGGAAACAAUUUUGAUCUGCCAUUACCACAGUUUCAUGAUGGGGUGAAGAUUCUUACAGAUGCUAAUCACAGUCUAGCUUCAAAUAGAAAUGUCUCACAUCCUUCUGUAACAGACUCACCUCCACCAGCAAUAGAAGUCAGUGCAGUACCAAGUCCGGCUUCUCCUUCCAUUGGUAAACACCCACCAUCCCCAAUUUCAGGUUCUGAUUCACAUCCAAGGCCAACAUCAGGUUCAGACUCAAAUUCUACUAGACACGGGAAGAAGCCACAAAGUUCUUUCGGGCCCAUCAUCAUCACCAUCACUGUGGUGAUUUGUGCUGCUACUGCAUUGAUCGGAAUAUCUUUGUUUUGUUUCUUCCGCAAGAGGAAAAAUCCCAAAAGGACUACUGGUGGAAAUAUGGUCCACCCCAAAGACCUAUCCAACCAAGAACUCAAGAUUCAAAUAUUUGAAAAUUCCACUCUUGAUAUAUUGGGGAGUCAAACAACAAUUAGGAGUAGUGGUGGGUUGGAAUCUGUCCAAGUGAUUGAUGGUGGUGGCCUGAUCAUCUCAGUGCAGAUCCUUCGUGGGGUAACUAAUAAUUUUGCACCAGAGAAUGAACUAGGCCGCGGAGGGUUUGGAGUAGUAUACAAAGGGGUGUUGGAAGAUGGCACUCCACUUGCAGUUAAGAGAAUGGAAGCUGGGGCAAUCAGCAAAAAAGCUUUAGAUGAAUUCCAGGCUGAGAUCGCGGUUCUCUCUAGUGUCCGGCAUCGCCACCUGGUAUCACUUCUUGGUUACUCCGUUGAGGGAAACGAGAAGCUUUUGGUGUAUGAAUAUAUGUCAGAGGGAGCUCUUAGCAGACAUCUUUUCUGCUGGAAGAAAUUGAACUUGAAGCCUCUUUCCUGGACAACAAGGCUGGGCAUUGCUUUGGAUGUUGCCCGAGGGAUGGAGUACCUUCACAGUCUUGCACACCAUAGCUUCAUCCAUCGCGAUCUCAAAUCGUCCAAUAUUCUUCUCGGCAGUGAUUUUAGGGCUAAAGUUGCAGACUUUGGUUUGGUAAAACUUGCUCCUGACCGAGAAAGGUCUCUUGUAACUAGGCUUGCAGGCACAUUUGGCUACCUUGCUCCUGAAUAUGCAGUGACAGGAAAAAUCACAACUAAAGUUGAUGUGUUCAGCUAUGGGGUGGUGCUGCUGGAACUUCUGACUGGAUUAACAGCACUGGAUGAACAACGCCCAGAGGAAAGCCGGUACUUAGUCGAGUGGUUUUGGGAGAUGAAAUCAAACAGAGAGAAAGUUAUGGCCAGCAUUGACCCAUUUCUGGAUGCUAGAGAAGAUAUCUAUGACAGCAUUGGCACGGUGACUGAACUAGCCGGCCAUUGCACAGCCAGGGACCCUAGUCACAGGCCUGAUAUGGGACACGCGGUGAACGUGCUUUCCCAACUGGUUGACAAGUGGAAACCGGUGGAGGAAACGGAGGAGUUUUUCGAUUUGGAUUACACAGUGCCGCUUCCGCAAAUGUUGGUGGCUUGGCAAAGAGAAAAGACCGGGGAUCUCAGUGGGAUCAGUGAAGACAGCAAAGGAAGCAUCCCUUCAAAGCCUGCCGGAUUCGGUGAUCCGUUCACCUGCGCCGAUGCCCGAUAGGUGGGGGGAAAUGGCAGGUUUUGAGACUACAUGCACGAACUAUACUAAGUGUUCAUAUGUUUUAUAUAGUUACAUGUAAUAUGUGGUGUGAUUGUUCCAUCCUUGCUUUUUAAACUUUUGUCUCAGCUCCCUUAAAGACACGAUGAAGUUGCUGUUCUUGGUUGCUCUUUGAACAUAAAUACUCUUUGAAAAG